UUUUCCAGUUUUCAAUAGCCCAAAUUCAAUUCGACCUGUCCUUACACACAUACACGCACACGCACACACACACACAUAAACAGCCAGACAAUGAAUACCACCUCUCUCAUAGACACAUUGGCAGCUACGGCUUCGACAGCCGUCUCCGCACUCAUAUCAUCAUCCACAAUGGCAGAGACCCUGCUUCAACCCACCCCAUCAACGGCCAUUGGCGCUGUCUCUGCGCUACUGCCGUCAACAGACGAAGUGUUCAAGUGCCGGUUGGUAGGGCCCUUCUCCCUCGUGGUUCAGACAAUUGUCGGCACCCUGGGCUUUUCUACACUUGUGAUUAAGCGGCACUUUGAGAAGCCACGCCGUCCAUGGCUCGUAUGGUCCUUUGAUGUCAGCAAGCAGGUCAUUGGUGGUAGUAUGAUGCACAUGAGCAACUUGCUGGUUGCGGCGCUGAGCGGCCGAGGCCCGGAGGGUGAAAACAUGACCAAUCCAUGCUCGUGGUACGUGCUUAACCUAACCUUGGACUGCACCCUGGGCGUGCUCAUUGUCGCGGGCUUUUUGACACUGUACGGGAAUAUAGCGCAGCGACUUCAAAUCACCGGCCUCGAGUCUGGGCACUACGGCGAUCCGCCCAACUGGCGUCGGUGGAUAAAGCAAGCGAGCAUAUUCUGCGCCAGCAUGAUUAGCAUGAAGCUCACUGUCAUCCUGCUUAUAACCUUGAUGCCAUUCCUUGUGGCAAUCGGCGACGGAAUCCUCAAGCCGGUACAAAUGCUGCACAGUCCACAUUUUGAAAUCAUCUUUGUCAUGGCCAUUUGGCCCCUGACGCUCAACAUCUUUGAAUCCUGGGUCCUCGACCAGUUCAUCAAGAGGAAGCUCAACCACCGGGAUGCGGCAUCUGUGCAUGUACAUGGUGCCAUGGUUGCCGGGGACGAAGACAGCCUUUAUGAUGCGGCUGCCAGGUUCAGCACUUCCUUUGAAAUGUCGUCGUCGUCGGUGGGAAGCAGGAAUGUCCACAGGUCGUCUGCGUUGCAUGCUCCGCGGCAGGUGUCGAUGGACAUGUCGGAGUUUGAGAUUGGCAUUAUCAGCGAUGGCGAGGAUGAGGCUAUAGGCAGUAUGAAUGCGCACGGUGGCAAACGGGAUAGCCGCUUGCACCCGUCAUACAUGGUUGGUAUAGGCGCAGAAGCGGCCGUCGGUGGCACCUACAAGCAAAAGAAUUCUCUGGAUCUGGAUGCCAGCAGCGACGAAGAUCUGGAUUCCAAGCUGUUGGCCAAGCAGAGCAAACUGCACAACAGCUAGCGUGUGCACUGUUAGCAGCAAAUCAAAAAACAAGACAUGGCAUUAGCACGAGAGAGAUGGGAUGAAUACAUAUGUACAAAACCAAGCUCAAUGCAUUUUUAUG